GUGAGUCGAGUGACUCUUACUUUACCGCAAGUCCGCAAUUCUCCCAUUCCUGAUAAUCUGCCAUCACAUCACCACCAUCCGUCAACACCAAUAAAACCCAAAAUAGAAUAAACUUACAAUUUUACAAAUGCGUCAAACCUCAUCAUUCUCUCUCCACCGUAUCUCCGCCGCCAUGUCCACCACCACUCGACCUCCGUUCAGAGGUGGCCGAGCCCGAGGUCGUCGCUCAUUCUCCGAUCGUCCAUCCACCACCGUCUCCGGCGACUCGCAUUUUCAAUCAGUUCGUGACUCCAAUUUUCGCGCAAAUAAUAAUUUCAACAAUAACAACAAUAAUUAUUAUCAUCAUAAUCUGAAUUCUUCGUCGAAUUUCGGAACUUUUAAGAGCAGGAAUUAUAGUAAUGGUGAAUAUAGUUUUAAUCGGCGGCAUAAUCAACCUCCAGGAGCUAGGGUUCAGCGGCCGAAACCGCCAGAUUUUCGGAGUUGGGAGUUUGCUAAGCUUCCUCCUCCUCCUCAUGAUGAGCGGUUUGUUGUGCUUUCAUAUAAUAUACUUGCUGACUACCUUGCUAAUAGUCAUCGGAAGCUGUACUUUCACAUCCCACGUCGAUUUAUGAGUUGGGACUGGCGGAAGGGAAACAUACUUUUUGAGCUUCGAUUGUGGUCACCUGACAUAAUGUGCUUACAGGAGGUUGACAAAUUUCAUGAGUUGGAAGAGGACUUCAGGGUUCGUGGAUACAGUGGCAUUUGGAAGAUGCGGACUGGUGAUCCAAUUGAUGGGUGUGCUAUCUUUUGGCGAACAUCAAGGUUUAGGUUGAUGUAUGAAGAGUGCAUUGAGUUCAACAAACAUGGGAUGCGGGACAAUGUUGCUCAAAUAUGUGUUCUAGAGUCUUUAGUUCCGAACCAGAGUGAAAAUGAGCUGGCUUCAUCAUCCAGCUCAAAAGGCCCAAAUAGAGUUGUCAUAUGCAACACUCAUGUGCUUUACAAUCCAAGAAGAGGAGAGAUCAAGCUUGGCCAGGUCAGGGUACUUCUUGAAAGGGCUCAAGCUGUGUCAAAGACGUGGGAUGAUGCUCCAGUGGUCUUAUGUGGUGAUUUCAAUUGCACUCCAAUGAGUCCAUUGUACAAUUUCAUGUCUGAGCAGAAGCUAGAUAUAUCUGAAGUAGAAAGAGACAAGGUUUCAGGACAAGCCUCUGCUGUAAUUUACCCCCCACCGAGACAAUAUGACCCUCAACCAAGAGAGCAGCCAACUGGUGAUGUAGCUAGUCCAACAAUUGCACAAAACAAUAGCGUCGGCAGAAAACAGAGUGAUUCCUGUGAAAAUGUGAAUGACAUAGAAAGCAGUUCUGAACCACUUGUCAGCCUGGAAGGACCUCCCUCUGUUGAUCCUUUGCUAAAUGCAUCACUUAACUCAUUUGAGAAAAGGAGAGGGCUAUCUCAAUCAACUGACAGCUUGAAGGAUAGUCAUGGUGAUCAAACUAAAUUGAGAGCGGAUGAGAUUGGAUCAGCCAAAUCUGCUGAUGCAAUAAUUAAUGAGACAAUGAAAGGUCAAGAGGUUACUUUGUCUGAAAAGGGUAUUGGCUCCGGUUUGCCGUUGAAAGAGCAGGAAACAAAAAAAGAUCUAAUAUCAGAAGAAAGUAGCUGGAGUGGCCACAGUGGUAGAUUGUCAUCUGUUACUGAUGAUUCUGACAAGAACAUUGUGGUAAAAGAGGCUAGGGACAAUUAUAACUCGCAAAUGUCUCAAUCAGAAAAUUCCCUUAGACCUUCCUCAGAAUCAGCUGAAGUGAACAUGCUAGGUUCUAUCAAUGACCCUAGUCCACCUAGUAUAUGUGAAGCUAGCGAUCAAAACACAAGUUCAGGUAGUAUAGAUGAGAAAAUUAUUGGGCUAUCACUCAAUGAGAUGGAGGAACCUUUAGAAGAUGACAAGGCCUUAGAUGAAGAUGGUGAGGAAUCUCUGUCUGAUUUAACCAAUGGAGAAGGGGCCUUGCCUUCAAAUCUUGGUGAUUUGGUUCCUGAGGAUAACACAGUUGAUGUAGAUACAUUUUCGUAUGAUCCAUCGCUGUGGACACCAAUGGAGAUAGCUACUGCAACUGGCAAUGCCAGUAGCAGUGCUCUCGAACACUCUUUAAAGCUCAAGAGCACAUACUCAGAAGUGGUGGAUUCUUCUGGGACAAGGGACUCAAAUGGGGAGCCGCUAGUGACUAGUUAUAACACUUGUUUUAUGGGAACUGUUGAUUACAUAUGGCGAUCUGAAGGUCUCUGCACCAUUAAAGUUCUUGCUCCAAUUACAAAAGAUGCAAUGCAACCUAGUGGGGGUUUCCCAACAAAGAAAUGGGGAAGUGACCAUAUAGCUUUGGCUUCAGAAUUGGCAUUCACUAAGAAAUGAAAUGAGUUAUAAUGUGGAGGUUGAGUAGCUGACGUCUCAGUACUACUAGUCUACUACUAAGCUGUUCCCUCUAGUAAGAAGUUUAGAAGCUCAUAUAUAACUUCAGCCUAUGACUUUAUUCCAAUGUGAGGUUAGUCCACUUACCUCAUUUCCCAUCCUAAAGUGGUGAUGGUGAUUGAAACGCACAGCAGGAACACAAAAGGAGAGCUAAUAUCGUCAUUCUUGAAAAAAUAAAUUUAGAUUUUUUUUCAGCAUGUUUGUCAUAUUAUUCUGUACAUUAGUGUAUUUUAUCCUGUAGAAUCCCCAACCCCCCCUUCCCUUCCCUUCCAAUUUCUUGGAGGCUAUGAGAUUGUGCCUUGUAAUUUUUUAUUGCUCUAACUAUAUAAUAGCUCUUUUUUAUUCAAUACAAGAGAAGUCUGAUUGCAUUAAGGGGGUGUUUGGUUCAAAUAGAGAAAUGGAAAGGGAAUGGAAUCAAGUAGAGGGAAGGAAUGUUAACAAUAAUGGUUACUUUUAUUGGGUGUGGUUCAACAAUGGAAAGGAAUCUUUUGCAAGGAAAUGAAAAGGAUUUUGUUACUCUAAUUUGGAGCGUAACAUUUUGGGGGUUUUGGGUUACCCUUAAGUAAGGGUAAUGGUUAACCCACUACCCAAACCAAACAAGGUGUAAUGGAUUCAGAUUGAAUCUGUUUCAAUACCCCCAAAAAGUUCAACCAAACAAGGCAUAAGAGCACGUUUACUUCAAGAGAUGGGUUAAUAGUUUUCUCUAUGGAAGGGGAGGGAUCGAAAACAUCAUUUCGUUCCAAUUUUCUUUUUACUUUGAGGAUUUUGUCUUCCUUAGAUUUGGGUGUUUUUUCUUUAACCUGUGAUCAGUUACUAAGUUUCAAUUAUUUUGAAUUCUACAAAAUGUAAUUUACCCAUGAUGACAAUUUAUACUGUCUAGAAUGCAUUCUCCAUUCUACUUCAACUGCCAAAUAUCUCUUUACAGACUCACAGUAGUGGUACAAUAUAACAAUAGUCUCUCCUGAACUACACACUGAACCAUACAUAUUUCAUGGGGUAAUUUAAGAUGCUUAUGUAUAGGAUCCCAUCUUCUCAAUCAAACAUAGUCACUCUACAGGAACUUGUCCAAGAUAGUAGUGUGCAGCGGGUCACUCAAGUGGGUAGCCCAGUUGUUAAGCGGACCUUUACCGGUAACAGCAGCCUGAACAGCAAAGCCAAGGAAGGCAACCAUAGCUAGCCUGGCAUGCUUGAUCUCUGCCAAUUGAAGGAUUGGCUUCUUUUCCGGGUCAGACGCCAAG